UUGGCUGUAGUGUGUGGGCUGGGGUUGGUGCAGCCUCCCAGCCUGUCCGCACUUAGUCCGUAGUUGGGCUCGCGGCGCUUUUGUGCCCGCGUCUGGCCUCGCUUUGUGUCUGCGAGUUUUUUGCCGUGCCCCCGCGGCGCUCCUCCCGGGCGGGAGCCGUAAGGCUCGGAGGCGGCAGCGCGGCCCCCGGCCAGGAGUGAGCGCGGCGGUGUGAGCGGCGGCAGUGAGGCUGCGGGGAAGGGGACUAGUAGAUCCCGGAGAUGCCGGAGUUCCUGGAAGACCCCUCGGUCCUGACGAAAGACAAGUUGAAGAGUGAACUGGUCGCCAACAAUGUGACUCUCCCGGCCGGGGAGCAGCGCAAAGACGUGUACGUGCAGCUCUACCUGCAGCACCUCACUGCACGCAACCGGCCGCCGCACGCCGCGGGCGCCAACAGCAAGGGGCCCCCGGACUUCUCCAGCGACGAGGAGCGCGAGCCCACCCCAGUGCUCAGCUCCGGGCCCUCCACCGCGGGCCGCGGCCGCGCCACCGUCGGCAGGAAAGCAACAAAGAAAACUGAUAAGCCCAGACUAGAAGAUAAGGAUGAUCUAGAUGUAACAGAGCUCUCUAAUGAAGAACUUCUGGAUCAGCUUGUGAAAUAUGGGGUGAAUCCUGGUCCUAUUGUGGGAACAACCAGGAAGCUGUAUGAGAAAAAGCUAUUGAAACUGAGAGAACAAGGACCAGAAUCAAGAUCUUCUACUCCUCUACCAACAAUUUCCUCGUCAGCAGAAAAUACUAGGCAGAAUGGAAGUAAUGACUCUGACAGAUACAGUGACAAUGAAGAAGACUCUAAAAUAGAGCUCAAGCUUGAGAAGAGAGAACCACUAAAGGGCAGAGCAAAGACUCCAGUAACACUCAAGCAAAGAAGACUUGAGCACAACCAGAGCUAUUCACAAGCUGGAGUAACUGAGACUGAAUGGACAAGUGGAUCUUCCAAAGGCGGACCUCUGCAGGCAUUAACUAGGGAAUCUCCAAGAGGGUCAAGAAGAACUCCAAGGAAAAGGGUGGAAACUUCACAACAUUUUCGUAUAGAUGGUGCAGUAAUUUCAGAGAGUACUCCCAUAGCUGAAACUAUAAUGGCUUCAAGCAACGAAUCCUUAGUUGUCAAUAGGGUGACUGGAAAUUUCAAGCAUGCAACUUCUAUUCUGCCAAUCACUGAAUUCUCAGACAUACCCAGAAGAACACCAAAGAAACCAUUGACGAGAGCUGAAGUGGGAGAAAAAACAGAGGAAAGAAGAGUAGAAAGAGAUAUUCUUAAGGAAAUGUUCCCCUAUGAAGCAUCUACACCAACAGGAAUUAGUGCUAGUUGCCGCAGACCAAUCAAAGGGGCUGCAGGCCGGCCAUUAGAACUCGGUGAUUUCAGGAUGGAGGAAUCUUUCUCAUCUAAAUAUGUUCCUAAGUAUGUUCCUUUGGCAGAUGUCAAAUCAGAAAAGACAAAAAAGGGACGUUCCAUUCCCGUAUGGAUAAAAAUUUUGCUGUUUGUUGUUGUGGCAGUUUUUUUGUUUUUGGUUUAUCAAGCUAUGGAAACCAACCAAGGAAAUCCUUUCUCUCGUUUUCUUCAUGAUGAAAAUAGAAAAUCCACCUGAAUUAUAUCACUUUGGCACAUUCAACUUGGUCUCCUAUUUUUAAUAACUAGAAAAACAUUUGUGUAUAUUUGUUGACUCAAGAACUAAAAAUAAUGUGAUUUCACUUCAAAUUUAAUAUUCCAUGGAAAAGCAAACAAGAUAUCUGAAUGAACUUCAUUUAAAUGUUUUGGACUUUGGACUAGUGGGAGAUCACUUUGUGCCAUAUGGAUAAUCUUUUUUAGCUCUGGAACUUUUUGUAGGCUUUAUUUUUUUAAUGUGGACAUCUUAUUUCAUUUUUGGGAAAAUAUAUUGUUUUGUGUAUUUGGAAAACAAGGGCAAAACAUGGUAGUAUAAUGUGAAAUUACACAUUUAAAUACUUUGAAUUCUUACAGAAAAGAUUAAGAAUUAUUCUCUGCUGAAUAAAAUUUUACAGAGGUGGAACAUUGAAAUUUGAUAAGAGAAAGUAAUUUGGUUGUACUUUUGUAACUGAAACAGAUUGACAGUGUUUAUGAGGGAAAGUACAGCAAUAAUCUCUUCUGUAACUUAUUGAUAGUAAUGUUGCUAUUGUAGCCCUAUCAUACUCACUUUUUAAAAGAUUUCUAAUAUCAUGAAUGUCCUCUUUCAGUAAGACCCAUUUAAAUACAAUUGAUUUUUAGCAGGGAUCUUUUAGGGUGACAUAAUACUUGUUUUAGAGAACUAGCUGGCUGUACAUAUUAGCUAGCUAGAAGGCUAAAAUUGGAAAUUUGUACUUUUUAUUUACAACUGAAGAUUCUGUCAAUCCAAUUUACUACCAGAAUUUUUUUUUUUUUUUUUUUUAAGAAAAGUAAGUGAGUGUAUGUGUUUUGUUUAAAAGUUAGAAAUUUAAAUACUGGUGUUGUUCCAUUUGGAUUAUUUGUUGCAUUGUCUUCUAUUACCAAAAACAAACUUUUGCCAAGUGUUUUUUCCCCCCCUAUAUUUCCAGCUAUAGUUUGAUUAAAAAGUAAAAAAGUAUUUGCUUUUAAACUACAUACAAGUAGUAGUUAAAGUUGUAAACUUUCAGUGCAAAGUGGGCAUUAUGAUUUUGUAUACUCUUGAAUUAUGGUUAGCUUUAUCUUUGUGGUUGAUUUAUUUUAACUUUUUAGCUAAAACUUACCUCAUGUAUAACUUGGUUGCAUAAAAUUGUAGGUGAUGGAAAGAAAUUUCAGUAGAAUCAGGUAAAACAUAAAAACUUUAAACUUAAUCAUUUGAUUUGCAACUUUAUCGUCAUUGACCAUAAAGCACACUAAAAACAUAAGUUAUUUUUAAAAUACCAUCCAAAAUAAAAGAUAAUUUUAACAAAGGAAGAAAUUGAAGGUGUAUUUAGACCACCAAACUUUUUGUUUGAACUAGCACUAUUCUGAUUUUUAGAUUUUAGGUAUUUUGUAGACAUUUUUACUGAACUUCUGCAAAUCAGACCAGACACACUUAUAGGUCUGAUUCUGCAGAGGCACUCAUAGAUCUGAAAAGCUUUCCUCUUUGAAUUAAAAUGUUGCUUUGAGAUGAGCCACAGAGGAGGCAUGUUUUACUUGACAUUUAUGUAAGAUCAGUUCUCUAAUAGGAAAAGUAUGGUCCAAAAUAGCAAAAGGACUGGGUAAAACGUGUACUCUUUUUUAAAAAAACAAACAUGUAUUUGGUCUUUUGUCUGUGUCUGUUUUAUUCCACUAGAGUAAAUGUGUCUUUGUUGUAAACACAAAGCAUUUCUUCCUGAUUAAAUCAUAGAUGUAGAUUUACAGUAUAAUUCAAUAAUAAAAAAAUAAUUAACCUCUAGUUUUGUUGUUGCAAUAUAUGAUUUUUAGAUAGCUCAAACAGUAAGAUUUCUAGGUAAAAUUUCUCGUGUAUUUAUGGAUUGAGUUUUAGUUCUCAUUUCAGUCUAUUCCUAUGUGUGUUACUUCUAAUUACUGUAGUAAUCAGGUCCUCAUUUGUUCAUAAGUAAGCAAUGUACGUCCAUUAUAUCUGCAGAAUGAUGUUAAGUCUCCCAUUUACUCUCAAUACUAGCCCCGACUUUACUGUUGUUAGAACUUAUCUGUGACACUCUUGCAUUGAGACUAAGCCAAAGUAGUCACUGUUGUAUUCAUUGUGGAAUCGUGUCCACAAGAUGAAAGUGCUGUUGUUACAUCUCUGAUUUGUGUCUCCAAUGGUGAUCUUAUUAACAAUGGUUUUUAAAGUAAUAAAUACACUAUAAUUAAUUGGAAA